GCCCACAGCCAUGAGCUGGGACCUGAAGGUGAAGAUGCUGGGGGGCAACGAGUUCCAGGUGUCCCUGAGCAACUCCAUGUCGGUGUCAGAGCUGAAGGCAAAGAUCGCCCAGAAGAUCGGCGUGCACGCCUUCCAGCAGCGUCUGGCUGUCCACCCCAGCGGCGCCACCCUGCAGGACAGGGUUCCCCUUGCCAACCAGGGCCUGGGCCCCGGCAGCACGGUCCUGCUGGUGGUGGACAAGUGCGAUGAACCUCUGAGCAUCCUGGUGAGGAACGACAAGGGCCGGAGCAGCACCUACGAGGUACAGCUGACGCAGACUGUGGCCCACCUGAAGCAGCAAGUGAGCCAGCAGGAGGGUGUGCAGGACGACCUGUUCUGGCUGACCUUCGAGGGGAAGCCCCUGGAGAAUCAGCUCCCGCUGGGGGAGUACGGCCUCAAGCCCCUGAGCACCGUGUUCAUGAAUCUGCGCCUGCGGGGAGGCGGCACAGAGCCUGGCGGGCAGAGCUAAGGGCCUCCACCAGCAUUCGAGCAAGAUCAAGGGCUGGAAAUAAAUGUUGUAAAGAGAAA